AUGUCACAUACUGCUGUACAGGGAAGCAUGGGGAGUCGCAAUGCCACGGGAAUGAGUUCCCACAGAAUAUGUCUGUUUGAGAACGAGAAUUUCCAAGGGCGAAUGAUGGAGCUGAGUGGGUGUCGUAACGUCUGUGAGAAGGGGCUGAAACAUGUGGGCUCCAUUAGAGUGGAGUGUGGGCUAUGGGUAGGUUAUGAGCAACUGAACAUGAGUGGUGAGAUGUUCAUGCUGGAGAGGGGCAAAUACCCUCGCUGGGACACUUGGUCCAACAGCUAUCGUUGUGAUCGUCUCAUGUCUGUCCGGCCAGUUCGAAUGGACCCACAGGACCAUAAGAUCUGUCUGUACGAGUGUGUGAACUUUGAUGGCCGUAAGAUGGAGGUUUGCGAUGAGGACUUCCCAAGUUUGUGGUGUUAUGGCUUCCAGGACAGAAUUGCCAGCAUCCAAGUGAAUGGUGUAACGUGGGUUGGAUACCAGUACCCUGGCUAUCGUGGAUACCAGUACCUGUUUGAGUUUGGACUCUAUAAGCACUGGAACGAAUGGGGGGCCAAUCACCCCCAGAUCCAGUCGGUGCGUAGAGUGAGGGACAUGCAGACGCAUCACAGAGGUUGCUUCGAGAUAACAGCAUAGGCAAUGACACACGGCAUGGACAUAUGGACACAGCAGGGUCCUGCAGUGAAAGCUCGAUGGAAUGUAAAAUCAUCUCUCACCAUAAGGGGAUCAUCAGCUGAGAUAAUCAGAACAGACACUGACUAUUGUGAUGAUAAACUCUGCUAGCAUAAUAAUAUGUGUGCACAUUCAUACCACUGGUUGCAGAAUCUUUUCAGUUUCUUGAGU